CCGAGAGAGUAAUAAGUAAGUACUCCGUAGUAAGUAAGAAAGAGAAGAUUAAAAGUAGAAACAACAAUAAGUAGAAGAUGAAAAACUAGCAAAUGGAAAAUGAAAUAGCAAAAUAAAAAUUAACAUUGGUAAAAAUGGUGCAAAUAAAAAACUUUUUUAAAAAAUGGAUACGUUGCAGAUACAUAAUAACUGAAGAAUUCAAUUCCUAUCCUCCAUGAAACUUUCUCCAUGUGCAAGUAUGUCUCUGGGAAGUUUCCUCACACCAAGGAACCACCUUCUUCACACCUCCAUUGAAGCUUCCUCGUAGCUUCAACACACCUUCCUUCCACCUUCAUACUACCUUGUUUUGGUACUAUAAAUAGAGAGCUUGGAGAGUCUUUCUAUCAUCGAGUAAAUUAGAAUAGAUCAUCAUAGCACAACCAAGUUUGAGUUGCGAAUAUCCUUGAGAGAUAUGUGAGGUGUUUUGAGGGUUUUUAGUUAGAGCUUGUAUGUCUCUUCUUUCUAUUCUUGAAAGUAAUAGGAUUGUUUUUCUCUCAUAUUAGCAAGAUCCCGUUAUUCCCAACAAGUGGUAUCAGAGUCUGGUUGAGCUUUUGAUAUUUUUCCCAGAUUUUUUCAGACAAAAUUCUACUGUCUGAAAUUUCGAGUUUUUCAGUAUUGCUCGGAAUUGCAAUCUGCAUAUACCGUUGGAUUCGUCUCGUCGAGACGAGAAAACAUGUAUUUUUGGGGAAUUUUUUGGCCACCGGAAGCUGUCGUACGCGUCGCCAAACGCCGGCGAAAAACUGCCUGCGUCAUCACGCGCAGUCCAGAGGUGGAAGACGACUGAUUUCAUCACUGGCGUUGUGAUACCCUGAAAAUUUAAACAAAAAUAAACCAGAUAAAAUAUAUCUGACAAAGUAGACAAAAAUAAACCAGAUAAAAUAUAUUUGACAAAGUACACAAAAAUAAACCAGAUAAAAUAUAUCUGACAAAGUACACAGAAACAAAUAUGAAAAAUGUUAUAAGUGACAUUUUGUAACAAGUGAUAAUCAUACAUAUGAUAAAAAUAAUGAAAUUAAUAUUUUAACAAUUUUAAUUCAAAGGUACGAAUUAGUGUAUGAUAUGUGUACAAAAGUGUACACAUAAUAACAAUGUUAAGAAAUUGAAUUUUCAAACGUAAUAUAUAUACAUAAUACAUAGUAAUAUGUAAAGAUGAAUAAUGCUCUUGCAAUAAUAUGCUCCUGCAAAACAAAGAUGUACAUAGCAAAUAAUUCAUAUAAGGACUUCAUACAUAUGAACCUGCAUGAACAACAACUAACAAACCCACAUGCGUAGAAGCUAAUAAUAGGAUAAGCCAACGAAGCAAUCUCGAGCAGUCUACUAGUUGAGCUUCGUUUUGAGCCUAUAAAUACAUGACCUGCGUACUGAGCAUCUCCACACCAAGCUAUUAGCUUACUCGCCGGAAAUAUACACCUAUAUAUAUAUUUACGUAAGGAAUUGCCUAUAAGCAAGAGAGGAGGGUCGUGAGAGGUCUAGGAAUACUUCCCAAUAAAUUCCAGACCGAUUCGUAGUCACCGAAGCAUCCUAGAGGUCGCCGGAGUUGCAAGCCGUGGAAACGGGUCUUCAGAAAAGACACGAUUUUGCCGUAGAUAGGGGUGGCGGAGCUUCUCCUCGACGUGAGGAUCAUUUUGCAACUUGAAUCGUCGAAAUCCGUUACCUAAGGAGAAUUCAAGUGAAGAUCAAGCUAGAGAUUUUAUUAAGGAGAUUAUCGCAAUUUAAGAUAUCAUGGCACCGAGAAGAGACCCUGAUAACACGCCCACCAAUGCUGAGUUGGCACAAAGCGUUCAACAACUGGCACAAUUCAUGCACACACUGGGUGCUACGGUGCUCCAGAACAAUCAAAACCAGAACAACGGGAAUGAUGCCGCAAAACGAGUGGCAUCUCGCAACCCUCCAAGCUUUCAUGGGCAAGAAGAUCCUCGUAUCCUCGAGAAUUGGCUCCGACUCUUUGACAAACUCUUCGACGCGGUGAGCUGUCCGGAAGAGCAAAGGGUUGACAUUGCUGUUUACUAUUUACAGCAAGAGGCGGAUAACUGGUGGGUCUCAUCAGGCCCAACUUUACGUCAACAACCUGACUUCAAUUGGGAAGCUUUCAAGAUUGCCAUGAGGAAACGUUUUUAUCCUGCACACGUUCAGGCCACCAUGCGUGAUGAAUUCAUACAUUUGAAACAGAUGGGCAUGAGUGUCCAGGAAUAUCACAAUAAAUUCGUGGACCUCGCGCCAUUUGCGAAAACAAUAGUGCCUGAUGAAAGCACCAAAGUUGAGAAAUUUAUCUACGGAUUAAACUAUGAUACGCAGAAAAUCGUCGCUGUUUUGGGUUGCCAAACUCUUACUGAAGCUUAUGAUAGAGCUGCAGUUCACUAUCGAGUUCAGCAACUACAAAGAGAGAGGAACCAGAAGAUGAAGAGGGACGAAGAUGGAGGUCGAGGAGAAAAGAGGGUCAGAGUGCACCCACCUACACAGCAACAAGAAGGGAGGAGGAGGAGAGAUGACCAAGGUGGAAGAAAUUUCCACGGACAAAACCAACAAAAUGAUCGAAGAGUUGCUCCCAGAGAUAGACACUUCUACUGCAAGAGGUGCGGGAGAGAUCAUCCUGGUGUUAAUUGCGAUGGAAGCCUGACAAAAUGUUUCAAUUGUGGGAAGCUAGGGCACCGAACCUUCGAGUGUCUCUCAAAGACCAAUGGGGCACCAGUGCACCAGGUGCAAUACCGUGAUGGAGGAAGGUCAGAUAUGAACCAAGCUGGGCCAAAUGGAGGACAAAAUAACAACAAUGCCGCCGCCAACAACAACCGCAACCCUCGAGGAGGAGGAGAGAAUAAUCAUGGCAAUGGCAAUGGCGGGAACAAUGGCAAUGGCGGAAACAACGGCAACCGUCCGAACCAAGGGCGAAUCAUGGUGAUGAAUCAGGCCCAAGCCAAUGCUAAUGAUGUGGUUUCAGGUACAUUCCUUGUAAAUUCUGAGCCUGCUUAUGUUCUAUUUGAUUCUGGUGCUUCUCACAGUUUCAUAUCUUCUAGUUUCGUUAAGAAAUUGAAGAUUGAACCAACGGCUAGAAUAGACUUGAAUGUAAGAACUGCCUCAGAUAAAUUCGUAACUUGUGGAAAUGUAUACUCCAACAUUUCCAUACUCAUAUCCGAAUCCAACCUACCUGGAGAUUUAAUCCAAUUUGACUUAAAAGAUAUAGACAUAGUGCUGGGCAUGGAUUGGUUGGGGAAAUACAAAGCCAGGAUCCUCUGUGAUGAACAGAAGGUGAUCUUGAAGGGUCCAAAUGGGAAGCGAAUAUCUUACAAAGCAAUCACAUCCAAGCCUAGUAUGAGGCUGAUGACUAUGCAACAAUUAAGGCGACAUAUCCGAAAGGGGUAUGAAACAUACAUGUGCUUUAUGAAAGAGGUGAAUACAGGGGAGCCAAACAUUGACCAAAUUGCCGUAGUCAAUGAAUUUCCGGAUGUAUUUCCGGAAGAGAUUCCAGGGAUGCCACCCGAGAGAGAAGUUGAAUUCUCAAUUGAGUUGAUUCCCGGAACCGCGCCAAUUUCAAAAGCACCUUACCGGAUGGCACCGAAAGAAAUGCAGGAGCUGAAGGAACAACUAGAGGAGUUGUUAGAGAAGGGGUACAUAAGACCUAGUGUCUCACCUUGGGGUGCUCCGGUCUUAUUUGUCAAAAAGAAAGAUGGGAGUCUAAGGCUAUGCAUCGAUUACCGAGAGUUGAAUCAAGCAACUAUCAAGAACAAGUAUCCAUUGCCCCGAAUUGACGACUUGUUCGAUCAAUUGAAGGGGGCUAGCACAUUCUCUAAGAUAGACUUGCGCUCUGGAUAUCAUCAAGUGAGAAUAUCUGAAAAAGAUGUACCAAAAACAGCAUUCCGCACGAGGUAUGGACACUACGAGUUCACUGUGAUGCCGUUUGGUUUAACAAAUGCACCGGCGGUAUUCAUGGACCUAAUGAACCGUGUAUUCCGACCUUACCUUGACACAUUUGUGGUGGUAUUCAUCGAUGAUAUUCUUGUGUAUUCAAAAACCCCGGAAGAUCACAAGAAACAUUUGAGACUCACGUUACAAACUUUGAGAGAGAACCAGUUGUAUGCCAAACUCUCAAAGUGUGACUUCUGGCAGGAUCGGGUAGCGUUCUUGGGUCACAUCAUCACCCAGGAAGGCGUAUCCGUAGAUCCAUCGAAGAUUGAAGCGGUGGUUGAAUGGCGUGCACCUACCUCGGUCACAGAGGUAAGAAGUUUCUUGGGUCUAGCGGGAUACUAUAGGAGAUUUGUUAAAGAUUUCUCCAAGAUAGCAAGACCGCUAACCAACCUGACAAAGAAGACAACCAAAUUCCAAUGGAAUGAAGAUUGUGAAGCAGCAUUCCAAGAGUUGAAGAAGAGACUCACAACUGCGCCGGUCUUGACACUACCGUCAGGGACGGAGGGAUUUGAUAUCUAUAGUGAUGCAUCCAAGAAGGGGUUGGGGUGUGUGCUGAUGCAGAAUAGGAAAGUGGUGGCUUAUGCAUCAAGACAACUAAAGGUGCAUGAAGUCAAUUAUCCUACCCAUGACCUGGAGUUAGCUGCAGUAGUGUUUGCUUUGAAAAUCUGGAGACAUUACCUAUACGGAGCACAUUGUAAGAUAUACACUGACCACAAAAGCUUGAAGUACAUAUUCACUCAAAAAGAGCUUAACAUGAGGCAAAGAAGAUGGCUCGAGCUUAUCAAUGAUUACGAUCUAGAAAUCCAAUACCACGAGGGAAAAGCUAACGUGGUGGCGGAUGCUUUGAGCCGGAAAUCUGGGCACUCAUGCCGAGCAACAUGGAUAUUACCAGAAGAACUAUUCCGAGACUUCCAAAGAUUGAGCUUGGAAGUAAAGCAAUAUGGCGAAGUAGAUGGUGAAAUACAGUUAUGUACUAUGACUGUUAUACCAUCUAUCUUUGACGAAAUCAAGAACGGACAACCGGGAGAUGUAAAGCUCGAAAGAAUCAAGGGAGGAAUGAAAGGUGGCGUCAACGGACCGUUUAAGGUACAUGAAGAUGGGAGCAUCCGAUACAAGGGAAGGUGGUGUGUUCCACUGAAGUGUACAGAUAUUAAAAAACAAAUCAUGGAGGAGGGACACAACACGCCCUACUCGGUACAUCCCGGGGGAGACAAACUAUACAAAGACCUCAAAAAGAACUUUUGGUGGCCGGGAAUGAAGAAAGAAGUAGCUGAAUUUGUAUCCCGAUGUUUGAACUGCCAAAAAGUCAAAGCGGAGAGAUGCAAACCCAAGGGACUCGUGCAACCCUUGGAAGUACCAACAUGGAAAUGGGAUUCAAUCUCAAUGGACUUUGUCGGGGGUUUACCUUUAACAAAGUCCGGGAAAGAUAAAAUUUGGGUGGUAGUGGAUAGAUUGACCAAAACUGCAAGGUUCAUUCCUAUGAAUGAAACCUGGAGCAUGGAGAAACUGGCUAAAGCCUAUGUCAAACACGUGGUCAAACACCACGGAGUACCUCAAGACAUCGUAUCGGACCGAGAUUCACGAUUCUUAUCCCAAUUUUGGAAAGAAUUACAAACGGCUAUGGGAACAAAAUUGAAGUUAAGUACUGCUUUCCAUCCAACCACGGACGGACAGACUGAAAGAACAAUCCAAACAUUAGAAGACAUGUUGAGGGCAUGUGUUCUUGAUUUGCAAGGAUCAUGGGAUGAUCACCUAGACUUGGUAGAGUUUUCGUACAAUAACAGUUACCAUGCUAGCAUCGGAAUGGCCCCAUACGAAGCUCUAUAUGGUCAAAAGUGUAGGAGUCCCUUAUGUUGGGGUGACAUGGUCGAUCAGGUGGUUCUAGGACCACAAUACUUGCAAGAUACUAUUGAGAAAAUCAAAGUUAUCCAAGAAAGGAUGAAGGCUGCCCAAGACCGACAGAAAUCAUAUGCCGAUCUUGGGAGGAAACCAGCUGAAUUCGAACUAGGGGAGAAAGUUCUACUCAAAGUCUCUCCUACAAGGGGUGUAAUGAGGUUCGGGAAGAAAGGGAAACUAAGCCCGAGAUUCAUCGGACCCUAUGACAUCCUAGAGAAGGUGGGAAAGGUGGCAUAUCGAUUAGCUCUACCCACGGAGUUGGAUAAGGUACAUAACAUCUUUCACGUAUCACAAUUAAAGAAGUACGUUCGAGAUGAGUCACAUAUCAUCAAUCCUGAGGUGAUUGAACUGGAUGAGGCGUUAUCCUAUGAAGAAAAACCCGUAGAGAUCCUUGAUACUAAAACCAGAGAGACGAGGAAGAAGACAGUUAAGAUGGUAAAAGUACUUUGGUCAAACCAUUUGACCGAGAAUGCAACAUGGGAAACAGAAGAGGAUAUGCGUAAACGGUAUCCUGAACUUUUCAAUUAAGGUAAAUAUUCGGUUACGAGGACGUAACCUUUCUUUUAGGGGGGCAGGUUGUAAUACCUUAUAAACCUAUAAUACUUCAUCUUCAUACUUAAUUCUCGUCUUAGUUUAUGCUUCGAGGACGAAGCAUUCUUUAAGGAGGGUAGAAUGUGAUACCCUGAAAAUUUAAACAAAAAUAAACCAGAUAAAAUAUAUCUGACAAAGUAGACAAAAAUAAACCAGAUAAAAUAUAUUUGACAAAGUACACAAAAAUAAACCAGAUAAAAUAUAUCUGACAAAGUACACAGAAACAAAUAUGAAAAAUGUUAUAAGUGACAUUUUGUAACAAGUGAUAAUCAUACAUAUGAUAAAAAUAAUGAAAUUAAUAUUUUAACAAUUUUAAUUCAAAGGUACGAAUUAGUGUAUGAUAUGUGUACAAAAGUGUACACAUAAUAACAAUGUUAAGAAAUUGAAUUUUCAAACGUAAUAUAUAUACAUAAUACAUAGUAAUAUGUAAAGAUGAAUAAUGCUCUUGCAAUAAUAUGCUCCUGCAAAACAAAGAUGUACAUAGCAAAUAAUUCAUAUAAGGACUUCAUACAUAUGAACCUGCAUGAACAACAACUAACAAACCCACAUGCGUAGAAGCUAAUAAUAGGAUAAGCCAACGAAGCAAUCUCGAGCAGUCUACUAGUUGAGCUUCGUUUUGAGCCUAUAAAUACAUGACCUGCGUACUGAGCAUCUCCACACCAAGCUAUUAGCUUACUCGCCGGAAAUAUACACCUAUAUAUAUAUUUACGUAAGGAAUUGCCUAUAAGCAAGAGAGGAGGGUCGUGAGAGGUCUAGGAAUACUUCCCAAUAAAUUCCAGACCGAUUCGUAGUCACCGAAGCAUCCUAGAGGUCGCCGGAGUUGCAAGCCGUGGAAACGGGUCUUCAGAAAAGACACGAUUUUGCCGUAGAUAGGGGUGGCGGAGCUUCUCCUCGACGUGAGGAUCAUUUUGCAACUUGAAUCGUCGAAAUCCGUUACCUAAGGAGAAUUCAAGUGAAGAUCAAGCUAGAGAUUUUAUUAAGGAGAUUAUCGCAAUUUAAGAUGAUUAUGAUUAUGAAGAUUGAUGUACUUGCUGCCCGAGCGUUCCGCUAGUUGCACACGUUUGAUUAAUUAUUGUUGUUUAAAUUUGUAAUCCAUAAACUUUGUUUAAGUUUUAUCUGAUGACUACUUGAAUUAAUGGUGGAUAGCCUGUGCACUCAAUCAUGUAUAGGUUGAGUGUGGCGGUGACACACCUAUUUUUCCAUCAAAGACUUCCGCUGUACUC